AUGCCAUCUGCAACGGGUAACAAGCGCGUCAAAGUCAGCCGUCUCCGUCUUCCGCCCAUUCAUCUUCGGCAGCGAAGCGCAACCCUUCGACCCCGAAAAGCGACCCGCCAACGCCCCCGUCGACCACACCCACCAAUGGCGCGUCUUCGUCAAAGGCAUCAACGACGAAGAUAUCUCCUACUGGCUGAAAAAAGUCCAAUUCAAGCUCCACGAGACCUACCCGCAAGCCGUCCGCACCGUCGAAACACCCCCUUCGAAGUCGUCGAGACCGGCUGGGGUGAAUUCGAGAUCCAAAUCAAGCUCUACUUCACCCCCGAAUCAGGCGAAAAGCCCCAAACCCUCUGGCACAGUCUGAAAUUGCACCCUUACGGACCGGAUGCGGAGGGCAUGAAGGAGCGGCGCGAGGUGGUUAUCAGCCAAAACUAUGAGGAGGUUAUUUUUAAUGAACCUGUUGAGCCGUUCUAUGAUUUGAUGACGGGUGGGUUGCCGGCUGGAGCGCCGCCGGUGCCGAGGGGGAAGGGCAAGAAUGCGAAACAGGUGGGGAGGACGGCGGAGAUUCCGUUGAGUGAUUCGCCGAAGAAUCCGUAUAGUCGGGCGACGGAGGGGAAGGAAUUGGAUCGGAUGUCGGAGGCGAUUAAGACGGUUGAUCAGAUGAUUAAGGAGGAGAAGGAGAAGUUGGUUGAGCGGGAGAAGUAUUUGGCGGAGCUUAGGGAGAGUGAGGGUGUGCCUGCUACUACGAAGAAGAGGUGAUCGCAUCUGUCUUGCAUGAGAAGGGAUACUCUUUAUCGGGUUACUCCAUACUGUGACGUCGACCUAUACGCCGCUACGCACCUGCCUCAAACCCCUUCCCGACCACCCUGUGAUCCGCGGAUCUCUCGAAGCUUUUCAGCAACAACCCGCCUCCUCGACAUGGAGUACGCUACAGAUUGCCCUCCAUGCGAUCCUCAGUCAUAAGAAGCUAUGGACGAUUACAGUGAGACUAGGUCUUGGCUCACGCCAUCGUCGCACCGGCCUCUUUCUCUCAGAUUAUUAUCGACCCCAACUUUCCGUCCGGAAACACACAUUCCCAUAUCACAGAUCCUUGCAGACGGCUGCCAUUGACGCGCCAAGACCUGGGGACAUCUUGAGGACCGUGCUCUACAGAGAGAGAGGGGCGGAGCCACGGAGGGAAUGCAGGUAUGACGCAUCUGGGCAACGAUAGCAUGGCGAAGCAAAUUGAAACCACAUACUGUUUUGCCUAUCAAUUCAAAGAUAUCGAAACUUGAUACGUUCCCUGAUUUUCUAAACAUAGCCCUCC